UACGAUAACAUUAACAUAACCUAAACACACUCAUACAUCAUACUAUUCUCUUUCGCCUCCCUCAACUCCACGCCGCAGAUCCUAGCAGUUUCGGAAACCCUAAUUCCUCUUUUGCUUCUCUAUUUUGCUCUCUCUCUCUCUCUCUCUUUCACUAUUACUAACAUCAUCAGUUAUGGCGGGUUUAGCUCCAGAAGGAUCACAGUUUGAUGCUCGGCAAUAUGAUUCUAAGAUGAAUGAAUUGCUUUCUGCUGAUGGACAAGAAUUUUUUACUUCAUAUGAUGAAGUCUAUGAUAGUUUUGAUGCAAUGGGUUUACAAGAAAAUCUUCUGAGAGGCAUAUACGCUUAUGGUUUUGAGAGGCCUUCUGCAAUACAGCAGAGGGGAAUUGUUCCUUUCUGCAAAGGUCUGGACGUGAUUCAGCAGGCUCAGUCAGGAACUGGGAAGACAGCAACUUUCUGUUCUGGAAUUUUGCAGCAGCUUGAUUAUGAUUUGGUUCAGUGUCAGGCUUUGGUUUUGGCACCAACAAGGGAGCUUGCACAGCAGAUUGAGAAGGUCAUGCGAGCUCUAGGUGAUUACCUUGGUGUCAAGGUUCAUGCUUGUGUUGGUGGGACCAGUGUUCGUGAGGAUCAGCGCAUUCUCCAAGCUGGUGUACAUACUGUUGUUGGCACUCCUGGGCGUGUGUUUGAUAUGCUACGUAGACAGUCUCUUCGCCCAGAUCACAUAAGGAUGUUUGUUUUGGAUGAGGCUGAUGAAAUGCUUUCACGUGGCUUCAAGGAUCAGAUCUAUGACAUCUUCCAGCUACUGCCAGGUAAAAUUCAGGUUGGAGUGUUCUCUGCUACAAUGCCACCUGAAGCCUUGGAGAUUACAAGGAAGUUUAUGAAUAAGCCAGUGAGAAUCUUGGUGAAGCGUGAUGAGUUGACCCUUGAGGGUAUCAAGCAGUUUUACGUGAAUGUUGAUAAGGAAGAUUGGAAACUAGAGACACUGUGUGACCUUUAUGAGACUCUGGCUAUCACCCAGAGUGUCAUCUUUGUGAACACAAGGCGCAAGGUGGACUGGCUCACUGACAAGAUGCGAAGCAAUGACCACACUGUCUCAGCCACUCAUGGAGACAUGGAUCAAAACACUCGUGACAUCAUCAUGCGUGAAUUUCGCUCUGGCUCUUCUCGAGUUCUGAUUACCACUGAUCUCUUGGCACGUGGUAUAGAUGUGCAGCAAGUGUCUUUGGUUAUAAACUAUGAUCUUCCUACCCAACCUGAGAAUUAUCUUCACCGCAUAGGCCGAAGUGGGCGUUUUGGUAGAAAGGGUGUUGCCAUAAACUUUGUGACAUUGGACGACUCAAGAAUGCUGUCUGAUAUUCAGAAGUUCUACAAUGUGACAGUAGAGGAGUUGCCAUCAAAUGUUGCUGAUCUGCUCUGAUGGGUUAAUUUUUACUCUAUUACGUCAUCAGGGCCAUUACUUUUUUGACAAUUAUUAUUUUCUGCUCUCCUUUUUUGCUUUUACAAUUUUUACUCAUUAGAGUUCAAAGACUUUAUUUAUAAUGGUUGAUUCUAUAAUAUUUGUUUAUUUGCUUAAAUAGUAGGUUGCUCAAGCCUUUUCUUUUUUAA